AUGGACUUUGAUGAAGCUGAAUACAGAAAGAAAUAUUUUCUCCUCCUAUUUGAGCUACUUCGAUGUAUGCCAAAUUCGAUCUUACCUCAAAAUUUGAGCUCAAUUAAACCCGAACGCUGUGCCCAGUGCACAGCACUCGGUGAAACCACUGAGUCCUUCUGUUUGGCCAACCCAGAACUUCAUUCUAGCCUUUCUGUAACAUUUUCUUGCUGGCUUUGGCAUCAACACAAAGAAUUUCCAAGUCUCCUUGACUGUUGUAGAACUACCAUUCGACGGCGAAUUGUGCAAAACCUUCUCAAUACUGACUAUGCCAAGGCACUUAAAUCUCUUCGCCUUCCACCCCGAAUGGUGGCAUUUUUGGCGUUUCGUGAGUUCUGGCCCGUUUUGGACCAAAAACAUGCCUUUGAUUUCCGCCGUGGCAAAAAGGAUUUCACCUUUACCUUUGGAGAGUUCUGA